GGCGGUAGCGGGGACGCGCUCGCUCGUGCUCGUGCCCGCGCCGCCUCUUCUCCCGCCCCCCCCCCCCCCCCCGUCCCCCUCCCUCCGCGCUCCCCUCGGCUCUCCCCGGCUGCGCUUGUAGCGGCGGCUGGGCCAUGGCGGCCCCGGCGGAGCUGAGCGCGGAGCGGCUGCGGGCGCUGCCCGGCAGCUGGAGUUACGGGAUCAGCCAAGGCGGCCGUGUCUUCUUCAUCAACGAGGAGGCGAAGAGCACGACCUGGCUGCACCCGCUCACCGGAGAGGCCGUGAUCACCGGGCACCGCCGCAGCGCAGACUUACCCACAGGUUGGGAGGAAGCUUAUACUUUUGAAGGUGCAAGAUAUUAUGUGAAUCAUAAUGAACGAAAAGUAACCUGCAAACAUCCAGUCACAGGACAGCCAUCACAGGACAACUGUAUUUUUGUUGUGAAUGAACAGACUGCUGCAGCAAUGACAUCUGAGGAAAAGAAGGAGCGACCAAUAAGCAUGAUAUGUGAAGCAACUAACUAUAAUGUGACAUCAGAUUAUGCUGCUCAUCCAAUGAGCCCUUUGGGCAGAACAUCACGAUCUUCAAAGAAGGUUCAUAAUUUCGGAAAGAGAUCAAACUCAAUAAAGAGAAAUCCUAAUGCACCAGUUGUCAGACGUGGCUGGCUCUACAAACAGGAUAGUACUGGAAUGAAGUUGUGGAAGAAACGGUGGUUUGUGCUCUCAGAUCUGUGUCUCUUCUAUUACAGAGAUGAGAAAGAAGAAGGAAUACUAGGUAGCAUACUUCUGCCUAGUUUUCAGAUAUCUGUGCUUUCUGCUGAAGACCAUAUUAACCGCAAAUACGCCUUUAAGGCAGCUCAUCCAAACAUGAGGACCUAUUAUUUCUGCACAGAUACAGGGAAGGAAAUGGAGUUGUGGAUGAAAGCCAUGACAGAUGCUGCACUUGUGCAGACAGAGCCUGUAAAAAGAAUAGAAAAGUUAACCACUGAAAAUACACCACCUCGAGAGGCGAAUAAUAUUUCAAACCAUCGGGUGCUAAUUAAGCCAGAGGCACACAAUAACCAGAAAAAUAAAGAAGUGAACAAAAAUGAGGAGAAGAAAGCUUUGGAAGCCGAAAAGUAUGGAUUUGAGAAAGUUGGGCAAGAUAAACCAUUAACGAAAAUUAAUAGUGUAAAGCUAAAUCCUCUGGGAUCCGAAUAUAGGACUUUACCCAUAAGUGCAAUUCAGGCUGGACACUUCAGACCAGUUCAUUUGAAUGGGUCUGAGAAUAAAGCUGUUGGGCUUGUCCUGGCAGAUGCUGGAGAUGGAGGUCAGCACAAUGCGGUUCAGUCACAUAUGGAGUCUGAACGAGUUAUGCAGAGAACUAAUUCAAUGCUGCAACUGGAACAGUGGAUUAAAAUACAAAGAGGGAAAGGACAAGAGGAGGAAACAAGAGGCAUAAUCUCAUACCAGACGUUACCAAGAAACAUGCCAAGCCAUCGACCUCAAGUUUUACCCCGGUACCCAGAAGGCUACAGAACACUGCCAAGGAACAGCAAAGCACGGCCAGAGAGCCUUUGCAGUGUAACACCAUCAGCUUAUGACAGAGCCAUAGGACCAGUAACAGCCGAAGAAAAACGGAGGUCAAUGCGUGAUGACACAAUGUGGCAGCUCUAUGAAUGGCAGCAACGCCAGUUUUACAAUAAGCAAACAACUCUUACUAGACACAGUACUUUAAGUAGCCCAAAAACUAUGAUUAAUAUUUCUGAUCAGACAAUGCAUUCGAUUCCCACCUCGCCUUCUCAUGGUUCAAUCGCUGGCUUCCAAGGAUACUCCCCACAGCGGACCUACAGAUCAGAAGUGUCUUCACCUGUGCAAAGGGGAGAUGUAACUAUUGAUCGCAGGCACAGGACGCAUCAUACUAAGCAUGUCUUUGUGCCUGACAGAAGGUCAAUGCCAGCAGGUCUGAGUUUACAGCCUGUUACUCCUCAGAGCCUCCAAGGCAAAACACCAGAGGAGCUCACGCUGCUGCUAAUAAAGCUGAGACGGCAGCAAGCUGAACUGACUAGUAUCCGGGAACACACACUAGCACAGCUCAUGCAACUAAAACUUGAGGCCAGCAGCCCAAAGAAUGAGAUUCUUUCACAUCACCUUCAAAGGAAUGCCUUGUAUUUGGAUCAUCAGAUGAAAGAGAAUGAACCUUUAAUCACCAUGGUUCACACUAUGAUUGAGAACUCGGCGCUAAGACCGCAACUGUACCAGCAAUUAACACAAGAAGAAUGUAGGGGUACACUAUACAAAUAUAGAACUGAAGAGCUGGAUAUUGAUGCUAAGCUUAGCCGUUUGUGUGAACAAGAUAAAGUUGUACAAGCACUGGAGGAGAAGCUUCAACAGCUACACAAGGAGAAAUACACGCUUGAGCAAGCUUUGCUAUCAGCAAGUCAGGAGAUAGAAAUGAAUGCAGAUAAUCCCGCAGCCAUUCAAAAUGUAGUCUUACAGAGAGAUGACUUGCAGAACGGACUACUUAGCACUUGUCGAGAAGUAUCGCGAGCUACUGCAGAACUGGAAAGAGCUUGGAGAGAAUAUGAUAAAUUGGAGUAUGAUGUAACUGUAACAGGGAACCAUAUACAGGAGCAACUCGAUCGGCUUGGAGAAAUUCAGACUGAGUCAGCAGGGAUACAGCGUGCUCAGAUUCAGAAGGAACUGUGGAGAAUUCAAGAUGUCAUGGAGGGUUUAAGUAAACAUAAACAGCAAAGAAGCUCUUCAGAGGCAGGCAUCAUGGGAUCAAGGACAUUUUCAGCUAUUAAAUACAAAAAUGAGGAAGAGGAAGUAGUCCCACCUCGUCCUCCACUCCCUCGGUCCUAUGACUUUACAGAGCAUCCUCCCAUAAUCCCCCCUCUGCCCAGUGAUAGCAGCUCCUUGCUCUGUUAUAGCAGGGGCCCAGUACAUCUGCCAGAAGAAAAGAAGAUUCACCAAGUUCAAGGAUAUCAGAGAAAUGGAUCUUACUGUGGUCCUGAUUAUAGGCUUUAUAAGAGUGAACCAGAGUUAACUACAGUAGCAGAAGUGGAUGAGUCUAAUGGUGAAGAAAAGACAGAACAAAUUUCAGAAUCAGAAUCUACUACUAAAGGCUCACAUUUUCCUGUGGGAGUUGUACCACCCAGAACCAAAUCGCCAAUGCCAGAGUCUUCAACAAUAGCUUCCUAUGUCACUUUGAGGAAGAAUAAGAAGAUAGAGCUAAGAACGGAAAGACCAAGAAGUGCAGUGGAGCAGCUGUGUCUUGCAGAAAGCACACGGCCUCGAAUGACUGUGGAGGAACAGAUGGAAAGAAUAAAGAGACACCAACAAGCUUGUCUGAGAGAGAGAAGAAAAGGACUCAAUAUUAUUGGCGUUUCAGACCAGCCUCCCUCACAGAGUUUGUCGUUUGUCAGAGAUAAUCCAUUCAAAUUGGCACAGAAUCGAAAAAAGGAUGAUACAGUAUCUAAUAACAUGAAGGAAUUAGAGAGCACCAGUAAAGAAAAUCAUUUGAAACAAAAUAAUGGAAGUCCUGGAGAAGAAACAGCACACCUAAAACAUGAUGGAGAAAAAGAGUGUAAUUUGGGUUUUACUAAAGAGCUGACAAAACCUGACGAUCUUUUAUCAGAUGCACAUGUUGUAUCUGACUCAAAAGAAGUGAGCAAUGAAGAGAAAUCAGAAAAGGAAAAGAAAAAUAAGUUGGAAGAAACGCAUGAUGGUGAUAAAAGCUUGCAGAGUGUGACUACAGUUGUAAACCACAAACCCAAAACCAGCUCAGAAGAAAGUGAAGUAGUUAGUGUUCAAGAACAAGAAGGAUUUAUGUCUUCAUUUGAAUUUGCAGCACAGUCUUCAAAAGGAAAUAAGGCAACAGCAGUGAAAAGUCUGCCUUCUUCACCAGAAUCGUCAUUGUCACCAGCUCCAUCUACACAGGCACAGCUCACAGAAGGAUCACAUUUCAUGUGUGUAUAGUUACAGAGAACACUAAUGGCUUCUGUUGAAACAAUUCAUGCCUGAGAUGUAUGGACCUGACCUAUGAAAAUAAGAGAAGAUAUUGUACAGUAUAUUUUAAAUCUAUGAAAUUCAUAGUUCUGAUGCUUUUGGCCACAGAGCAUCAUUUUAUCACUUCCUGGAAAAUGUUUAUUCCAAGAGAGCUUUAAAUGGCCCACAUGUACACUCAACAACCUUCAGAUUGUUCUCCUGAUACCAGCUUGCUGCUAUGAUUUCUGUGCACAUAAAAUAAAGGCUCUUUUAAUGUGCAGCCUACAGUCAGAACUUUAUUUGAUAUUCUCCAGAAUUUAAUGUUCUUUUAAUUAUGGAUCAUAUAAGUUUACUUUUUUGCUUCUUUUAGAUGCAUAACUCAGUUAAUUUUACAUAUCACCACUAAAUCUUGUUUUACACCUUUUGAACAUUACAAUUUAUUGUUUUAACAUUUUAUUUGUAAAAUUUUUAUAUAUAUAUACAUAUAGAUAUAUUUAAAAUGUGCCAUUUUUAUUAUUGCUUAGUAAAAUAUGUCCUGUUUCUGCUGUAAUUAUUUCUUGGUCAGGUUGCAAUGUCAGCAGUUACUGCCACACCUCUGUCAACAUAUGCAUUAAUGUUAGUGGUUACUUUUUCUUCAAUAAAAUGGAGUGUAGGUAUUUUGAGGUACUGGGCUUUUCCUUCAUUGGGUUAGGGUGUGUACAGCAAUAAGCAGGUUUUCAAUCCAGUACUUAGUUUGUGUACAAAUGUAAUUAUGUUCAUUGUGUAUAUAUUAUACAAUGAGCAAAUACAAUGUAAGUAUAAGAAGCCACUUAUUGUUCAAAAACGAAUGUUCAUAUCCCAUUUCUUUUAUAUCAUAUUAAAUAAAUGUUGAUGUUCUUAAGGACUUGUAUGGUUAGUAUUUCUUCCAGCAAACAGAAGUCACACUGUGUUCCACCUUUUGAUGUGGGGAACACAACAAUUCUUGUCUCAUUGGCGACAUCACCUGUCAAUCAGAGUAGCAGUGACAGACUCUUAAGAGAUUCCGGUCUUCCUCUACAGGAAAGAAUAAGGCUGCAACACAGAACAAAAAGGCAACCUGAGACUGAGGCGCAAGAAAUACAGGUUCAGCUCCUGACUCUCCCAGACUUGUAUCAUGAUGUUGGAAUAAUCACUUAGUCAUUCUGUGCCUCCAUUCCCUGCCUGUUUACUUGAGUGGUAAUAGCCUGUCUUACUGGGGUGUGGUGAGUAGUAAUUCAGUAUUUGCAAAUAGUGAAUGCCACGUUCAGUGGGGUUAAGGAGAGGAAAGUGUCAUGAUUCCUUGAGGCUUUGACAUCUGCAAAGCAUCUCCCAGAAACAGAAAGAAAACCUGAAAUAAUUUGUCAUCACAGUACAGAUGUUACUAGCUUUACUUUUCCAUCCCACAUAGCUGUUUGAAUUUGCCUGAGACAAAAGAGGUUUAGAAAAGAUUGAUGAAAAGAUUUAAGGAAAGCUUUUGAAUCUAGGAUGUAGAGCUAAGAAAUCUUUCAAAGGUUCAGGCAACUGCCAUGUGCUUCAAUGAGUGUGUGUUCCAUAAGUGGCAAGGCAAGUUUUGUAAGAUGACUGCCAGCUCUUGUGCUUUUUUUAUCAUCCAAAUCAUAUCCUGUUCAAGUUAAUAUUGCUGUACUAGCAACUACAUAAUUAACUGAGCUUUUCCAUAGAAGAGUGCCUGAGAUAGACACACAGUUUGAAAUCAACGCUUUAUCAUUGCCCCCCUCUGAGAGUUUGUGUUUGUUGUACUCUUCUGCCACUCCCACCUCUGCUACCUGUUCUUCCUGGGGCACUUUGCCACAAAGACACAAAGUGCACUGUUUGUCUACAGGUCAUUUUGCCAUUUUCUUUGAAAGUGAAGAAAUAGGAAGCAGAAUUUAGCAGCAGAGCUUGGAGGGUGAUAGUGAAAGAGUUGGCUGAAAUAAAGAAGAUGAAUCACGAUGCAGACGGACAGCAUCCAGCUGAACGUUUGACCAAAUGCCCCUUCUUUUCUUGGAACAGCAGCCCCAAAUCAGUGCAUCCUUCCAUCCAAAACACAGAGCAGAGAGGAAUGUGAUUUUAUUUCUUAUUGCUCAACCAGCUGAGGUUUAAGUUCAGUGGCAUCACUGGAACACCUGGGGCAAAGCAAACAAGGACACACCCUGUUCUCUCCCUAACCCUUCUAAAAGAGCUGCUCAGCUGUCAAGCUUUGCAAUCUCUUUCUAUCCUUGCUGCCAAGAAAAGAAUUGCAACCAAUAAAGGAAAGAAUGACUAAGUGAUUUUUGGACAUUUAUAGAUCUUGUCUGUGCUUAAAGCAGUUGACGGGUAUAUCUGCGAAGUACGUGCAGUUUAUACUGAAGCUGGGGGAGGGUGGGAGAAUUAGCAAGUUUUUGCUGGUAUAACUGUUGGCAAAGACAGCAAAGGUAAAUGGUGCAGGAAUGUAGUCAUGCUCAUAGACUAUAAUUUCAGUUCCUGUGGGCGCUUGCAGCAAAGACUUGCAGUUUCAUUGGGUGCUCUAUUUUUUUGUGUCUUAUGGAAAAAAAUGUAUGGCUUUGUGUUAUCACAGAGCAUCUCCUGCCUCUUACCUCAGAAUAACUCAUCCCAGUGAUCAUACUCCUGAGAUACAGAAAUAUCAGAAUACUGAUAUUGUCAGCCUUCAAACAUCUAUCUUAAGUUUGUAUCUAGGAUAUUUUUAUAUUUCUGACUGCUUUAUUGGCUAUUGCACUGACACUUGUAUAUAUGGAAUGUGUUUUGGGGUUGUUUUUUUUUUCCAAAAGAAAGAGUCCUUAGGAAUAAUGCAACACAUUCUCUACAGAUGUUCAUGCUUUUCAGAACCAAUUACAUCUAUUUUUGUCUUUUGUUCACCACUCGCAUUGUUCCAAGACUACUAGAGAAUGUGAUUCUUUUAAGUCCCUUAAUAAAGUGACAUUACUCAAAAAGUUA